CCAACGCGACUCGGAUGGACCACAACUCCAAGGCCCCGGAUGGGUUAUCACCCGUAUAAAAACACCGGUGGGUCACCACAUGUCCCAAGAGGCAGACACACUUUCGCCUCCUACCCUGACGAUGUGUUACCACCUAGUCACCUACUGCAGGUACGAAUGCGGACACCAAGUCCAGACCAGGCGUCACUACAUCGACUGCAACAGGACCGCAUGCAGGAUAAGUGUGCGCCACAAGAGGCACGAGCAUGACUGUCCGAACGAGUGCGACCAAGAAAUGUUGGUCGAUCAGCAUCUCGUGAUGGACAGAAACCGGAACGAUUGUGAUGCAUGCUGCGGGAUUGUCCCAACGACGGUGGCGGAGGGUGUCAAUGGCACCAAUGGCGACGAUGACUCGGGAGAGGAGACAAGUGACGCAGAUUCAGACCGAUAGCCGGUAGAGGAUACUGCUAUAUUGUGCCAUCAUGUACUCAAGUUGUGGGGGACCACUGUCACAAAAUCAGUGGCAACGAUUGGAGAAAGAAUUGUUUUGAUACUCAGCCGUAAUGA